CUGAAGUAUGGAGCCGAGCCGGCAAGAAAGAAGAUGACAAUGAACUAGGCUCGUACAGAUACAGAGGCGUCGAUGGGCUCGUACAGAGGCCGUCCACAGCUUUGUUUACAUGCCGCCGCUCCGCAGCCUCCGCGCUCGCCGCCGCUCGCAGUCGUCGUCGCCGCCGCGCCUCCGCACGUUCGCUGCCGCACCACUGCCACUUGCGCCCGCAGCUUCCGCGCUCGGCCUCCGCACUCGCCGCUCGCCGCUCGCGGAGGGAUGGGGAGGAUAGGUACGGCGGCACCAGGGAGAGGGGCGCGGGGUCGGGCGGACGGGGAGAGACCGGGGCAAGCGAGGAAAUCGAUCCUCGAUUCUCAGAUACGCGGUCCCGAGCCCGCGUCGGAGCAAAUCGAUGUAUUUUCGAUUUCCACAUAAGUAGCUUCUCAAAUAAGCGAGAAAUAAGAUGUUUGGGUGAGAUUCUCGUUUAUUUUCAUCGAUAAGCGGAUCAUAAGCGGAAACAAACAGGUCUAGACGGCGGCGGCGGCGGCGGCGGCGACUUUCGAGUUCAUGUUCCUCCGGGCUCUUGGUUCCCUCCUCAUCCGGAGGUCAUCUCUGCGCGGGAUCCGCUGCGCUCAGGCGCCGGCGCAGAUCCUAGGGUCGGCGUCGGGAAGGCCACCACGUUCUCUCCAUAUCCUGAGAGAUCUCGACGCUGGCGUUGGGACUAUUGGUGCAUUAGCCGCCGGUGGGUUGGCUGCGUUGGUCGGAAUUCUCUACUUCCAGGAAGAUGAAUCUGCUCGAGAGGUGACCGACAGGAAGGGGAGCUCGAGAGGUGACCGACAGGAAGGGGGACAUCAUCCUUGAUGAAACAAUCAGGGCAACGUUCAUGGACAGAGACGGCAACUUCGCCUGGCUCGAGUACAUUGAUUACAUCAACUUCCGAAGAAGACAUCCUGAAGUAACUGAUCCAGAGGUCUUGGAUAAGAUGCUUAAAAGAAGAUAUACUGCGUCUGAUGAGGAUGAAGCUGUGAAGCAGGAUAAACUGAAGAUCCAGAAGCAUGAGGGUGUGAACAUCGACGAUGAAGUGAUGAAGGCGAGAUUUGAGGACUGGAUGAAGGAGUAUGACAAGGCCUACCCAAGUGAGGAAGAUAAGGCUAGGAGGUGCAAAGUAUUUAAGGAGAAUGCCAUGGCAGCCAACAAGGCUAAUGGAUCAUUCACAAAUGGUGCCCAUCUUGCACCUAAUAAUCUUGGGGACUGGACUAAGGGAGAGCUGUAUCGUCUGCGCAGUCGUCAGGGCGACUUUCCCUCCGAGUCCUACUUUCGUAGGAUGAGCAAGAUGUAUGCUGAGGGGAGGGUAGACGGCGUUCCAGGAAUUGUAGAUGCUCAUGAUGAGUUGGAGUGCACUGAGGCUGUGAAGCAGAGGUUCAGGGAACUAACCGCAAGGAAGGCUGAGCAAGAUGCAAGGAAGGCCGAGCAAGAUGCAAGGGAGGCUGAACUAACCACAAGGAAGUCCCAAUGAGUGCCCCAGAGAGAGAAGGUAAUGGACACUGUCAGGCAAAGCGUACGAGCCGUAUCAGCAGAAGAUGAUCUCAUGGGCAGUGUGUCGUGAUCGCUCAAGUCAAUGAAAUACCCACUGAUUUAUACUGCUAGUCGAUCUAAUGAAUACAACACAAACUUGUAUAAAAAAGUCAGGAGUGAACUGCAUUUUGGAACGGAGGGAGCGGAAGAAAAAUCCGCUAAAGAGUUCAACUUCUACUAGGUUUCAGGUCAAAAAUCAUUGCAACCAUUCCCCCAAAACCUUGCACUAUCCAAUUGAACCAUCCAUCACCAGUGAUCAGAAGCUGCUCAGCGCGAAGGAAUGUGUUGAUCAGCGUCAGCCCUUCGGCGGCUUGUUGAGGGGCACCAGGUGUCCUGCGCCCCUGACCGUCACCAUGCUCGUGCCAUGGUACUCCACGAACCUCCCGGCAACCUGCAUUCCAUGAUUUGCUCCUUAUUUUAGGCUUUUCGGCUAUCACUGACUGCAGAAGUGCAGAUACAUUCAGUGCACAAGAAGUUCUGUUAGUUCUGUUCAUACCUUUUGUCGAGGUACCAGGAUUGCCACUGGGUCUUGAUCGGCAGGUCGAGUGCCUGCUUCCAAACAGUACCGAUGGAUUUUAAGCAUGUACAUAAGCACUUGCUAUAAGAUUGCAGACUUUCAGAGCCCAAAAGGAAUCGCACAUUCACACAUGUAAAGCCAAACUUUGAGACCUUUUUUGAAGAGCUUGGAGUAUAUUGGUAGGACUGAAAAUACUGAGAAA